AUGGGUAUUUUAGGUUUAGCAAAAUUAAUAGCAGAUAUAUCGCCAGGGGCCAUUAAAGAACAAGAAUUGAAGCAUUAUUUUGGUACAUUUCAUUAGAAUAUUUCAGAGUUUUGAAUCACAUGAUGAUCAAAAUUCAUUGAAGAGGAUAACUAUUUUACAGUCUCAUCUUUCUAGGUCGCAAAGUGGCCAUAGAUGCAUCUAUGUGUUUAUAUCAAUUUCUUAUUGCUGUACGGAGUGAAGGAGCUCAGCUUACAUCUGUAGAUGGUGAAACAACAAGUCAUUUAAUGGGUACAUUUUAUCGAACAAUACGUCUAGUAGAACAAGGAAUAAAGCCUGCAUAUGUAUUUGAUGGAAAACCACCAGAUCUAAAAGGCGGAGAAUUGGCUAAGCGAGCUGAAAGAAGAGACGAAGCACAGAAGUUGUUACAGGCAGCAGAGGAAGCUGAUAUCGUAUAUCUUCUAGGAAAUGCAGAGGAUGUAGAAAAAUUUAAUAGGAGAUUAGUAAAAGUUACAAAAACACAUGCAGAAGAAGCUAAACAAUUAUUGCAGUUAAUGGGCAUUCCUUUCAUUGAUGCUCCCUGUGAAGCUGAAGCUCAAUGUGCUGCUUUGGUAAAGGCUGGUAAGGUUUAUGCAACUGCUACAGAAGAUAUGGAUGCACUUACUUUUGGAUGCAAUGUUUUGCUCAGACGAUUAACAUUUAGCGAAGCAAAAAAAAUGCCUAUACAAGAAUUCCAUUUUGAUAAAGUAUUAGAAGGCCUUGAAUUAAAUCACAAUGAAUUUAUUGACCUCUGUAUAAUGUUGGGUUGUGAUUAUACAAAUAGCAUUAAAGGAGUUGGACCAAAAAGAGCUAUAGAGUUAAUUAAAACACAUAGGUCACUUGAGAAAAUCAUAGAAAACUUGGAUACUAAGAAGUUUCCCAUUCCAAAAGAUUGGAAUUAUAAACAAGCUCGAUUAUUAUUUCAAGAACCUGAAAUAAUAGAUCCUGAAACGAUUGAUCUGAAAUGGACAGAACCUGAUGAGGAAGGGUUAGUAAAAUAUCUAUGUGGUGAUAAGCAAUUUAAUGAGGAAAGAGUAAGAAAUGGCGCAAAGAAACUGCAUAAAGCACGAAAUACUUCUACUCAAGGACGACUAGAUACAUUCUUUAAAGUACUAUCAAGUCCAAAUCCUUUGAAGCGUAAAGUAAGUAUAAACAAUGGUUUCUAAAAUCAUUCUUUUUUUCUGAUUAAUUAAAUUUUCUUGUGUUAAUAUAGGUGGAAGACUCAAAGACAACAAAUAAAAAAAAUAAAAAGGGGACAGCAGGAAAACCACGUGGAAGACCACCAAAAUAA